AUGACUUUCAUUGUUACGAGUAUUUUAAGCUCAACCGUAGGCUUGUUGUGGAACAAAGCUCGGGACUCGACUGCGGCAAAACUGAAGGACGGCGAUGUUACUAAUGCAAAAAUUCGCGAGCUCGUCGUGAGAGAAUUGAAUGACAUCAGGACGAAACUUGACGGUCUUUCACGCAAAGAUCUUCUCAGCAGCUCCCGAUUCCUGAAAGAAGGAGUAGAUUUACUCUACGUUUCUCUUGAUAAAUCAAAGCUGGAGCAGAAAGCUGUGAUCCACCCAACUGAACAAGAUCGUGGUGAAACAUCAAGAAUGUCGAGCGGUGUCGAGUCUGGAAUCUUGAGCGAAGCCUUAGAACUUUCGCACGCCAUUGAAAAGAUGGUAGUAAACUCUGAUAAAGAAUUUGAAUCAGCUAAAGAGAGGUUUAAAGAAGCCCGUAAGAGCGCAACCUACGCUUUCUGCAAUGAGGCAUUAAACAUUAACGAACGAAUCUUCGCCGCCAAACUACGUAUUGUUUCUGAGAUACUGGAAUGUCUCGAUAGUCCUCAAACCGCCAUCACAGGGUGUCUGUCGUUUCUUCAAGAUCUACAUAGCUUACCAGCUAUCCGUGAGAUGUUCUACGUUUAUCUCAAUGGCGGAGUCAAGUCGUGGUUGGGUAAAGCAGAACGUGCAAAAAACGUAAAAUCGGUGAUGCUGAUCAACUAUAUUUUGUUUAAUCUUAAAUUCAAAUUCAGUGAAACACUUGCUGACAGGGUAACAUGGCCUGGCAUUGAACUUACUGAUCGCAGUUUUAACCCAAUAUUAGAUUGGCAGAAAGUUUUGACAAGAAAGUCUUUGGGCGGCGAUGAAUUGGGUCAACCUCCCCAGCAGUUAAUACCUAGUGCAAGAAUAUAUCCAACUUUAUCUGCUGUAGACAGUCAUGGGAAUGUGGUUGUAUUGCUGGAACCAGCUGGCCUUUUAAGGGUGAUUUCGAGAACAACAGAAAGCAAAGUGGUUAAAUUACCAGAUUCUGGAGAAGGUAAAGUUAUCGACCAAAGUCUCGCAGAACUCGCUUUUGAUAAGAAUAACAACGCUUAUAUUGUUAGAUGGCUUAAAACACGUACAGAAAAUAGCGACGUGGAACGUUACGUGCUGAGUGUGCUGGAUGAAAAUUAUAGUGCAAAACACGAUUACAUACUUGAUUUCCUUCAGGGUAGAAGUUUAGGUUAUAAAGCAGUGAAGAUCGCUAUAAACAGAAACAAUAAUAUCAUCAUGAUGAAAGGCGAUUAUCUCUAUGUCUGUGAUAAUGUUGGACAAUUGAAACACAAGUUUAAACCACACAUCUUUGGCGCCAGUUUGGGUAUUUCAAAUAAAGAUGAAAUCAUGAUAUCCUCACGUAAUGGAACGGCUGUUCACUUCUACUCCGAGGAAGGAAAUCGGAAGUCGACAAUAAAAUUGCCAGAAGAUCACGAGGUUCUUGGGUUGGCAUUUCACCAUGUCAUUCGUAAAAUAAUUGUCUUAACCCGUGUGAGUUUAAAAAGGUCAUAUUUCCUUGUUUGUUACACUGAGACAGGCGAGCUGGAGAGCUCAACGUUUUUUUGUAAGGCAGGUCAUUCUUUAUUCUUUGCAUUCAUCAUAUCUCAUCCAAGUGGUCAUGUUGCUGUUGUACGGCAAAAUAGCAUCACCUUUAUUUAA